CAGCACCUUCUUCUUCUAAUAUCCUCCCUUUCUCCCCCAUCCCAUUUCCCCAGUUUUGCUACGCAGAGUACCCCCAGAUCUCGAAAAUGAAGAAGGUUGUGUUGAAAUUGGAUUUUCACGACAACAAAUGCAGACAGAAAGCCAUGAAGAUAGCCUCUGGUGUUUCAGGGGUCGAAUCAGUUGCCAUGGAUAAGGAUCAAAAACUAACGUUGACAGGGGUCAUUGAUCCGGUGGAGGCAGUGAGGAAACUAAGGAAGUUAUGUCACACCGAAAUAGUUUCGGUCGGACCGGCGAAAGAGCCGGAGAAGAAGAAAGAAGAGCCGAAAAAAGAGGAAAAGAAAGUCGAAAAGAAGGAGGAUCCCAAGAAAAACCAGCAGAAAGAUGUUAUAGUAACCUACCCGUACCCGCCGGUCGCCCAAUACUAUCCUCCGGUGCCCUAUUGUUACUCUUACGGUAAAAUCGUUGAGGAAGAUCCAGCUGGUUGCAUUAUCUUGUAAAUUUUUGUUCUUAUAGA